CUGAGAAAGUACAGUGUUUCUGGACUGUCUCUUAUAUAUGGCUAUUGUUAAUGACUUGUUUUUUUUAAUGAUAUUCAUAGAACAAAACGUAUAAGUAGCUUAUAUAUUUCAACGAAAUUCAACAAUAAUCCGUGAAAAUGAGCGCUCUAGUUGAAUUUGUGAUAGUCGGUGCUCUUCUUUGUAUGCUUGUUCCAAUGACCUUGUCCACAGAGGACUAUACGGAAGAUGAGGAGAUGAUUAUCUCUCUAAUUCGCCAGGAUGAUAGCCAACCUGAGUCCGGAACAGAACAGCCCGCAGACUUCUACAGGUGUAAUAAGGACCAAUGGCGAAUGCCUGGUCAGUACAUAGUCGUGUUGCGAGAGGGAACACACGACAACCAUGUGGACCGCACCAUCCGCAGGCUGCAAGUUAAAGCAGCUAAACGCGGAUAUCUAAUAGAGGUGGUCCAGAAGUACGCUGGAGCUUUCCACGGCUUUUUGGUGAAGAUGAGCAGCGAUGUUCUACAUCUGGCAGUAAAGUUGCCACACGUGAAGUACAUAGAGGAGGACUCUUCUGUAUAUGCUCAGGCUGUACCUUGGAAUCUGGACCGCAUAGUACAGAUUAAGCACGAGGCUGGAAAAUACACCCCCCCCAAUGACGGUUCCCAAGUGUCAGUGUUCCUCCUAGACACUAGCAUCCAGCUGAACCAUCGUGAGGUUGACGGCCGAGUGCAGGUCACUGACUUCAACAGUGUUCCAGACGAGGAUGGUGUUCGAUUCCACAGACAGGCCAGUCAGUGUGACAGUCAUGGCACUCACAUCGCAGGUGUGGUGAGUGGGCGGGACUCGGGCGUGGCCCGCGGGUCGAACGUGAACAGCGUGCGUGUGCUUAACUGCCAGGGUAAAGGCACCAUCUCUGGAGCACUGGCAGCUCUAGAGUACGUCCGAGCGUCCCUGCUGAUCCAACCGCUGAGCCCACUGGUGGUACUGCUCCCGUUUGUGGGGGGGUUCAGCCGCACCCUCAACACUGCCUGCAGGGACAUGGUGCAGUCCGGGGCCGUGCUUAUCGCAGCAGCCGGGAACUACCAGGACGAUGCCUGCCGCUACUCUCCGUCAUCAGAACCAGAGGUGAUUACAGUGGGAGCCACUAACCAUGCUGACCAGCCUCUUACCACGGGCACGACAGGCACCAACUAUGGCAGCUGUGUGGACCUGUUUGCCCCUGGUGAUGACAUCGUGAGUGCCUCCAGUGACUGCCCCACGUGCUUCACCACCAAGAGUGGCACCUCUCAGGCUGCGGCACAUGUAGCUGGCAUAGCAGCGGUGAUCCUGAACUCAAGGCCCAACGCCACGUCCACUGAGGUCCUGCAGUUGCUGCUCAGGCACUCAGUCAAACAGGCCAUCAACCCAGAGGGCUUCCCUGAAAAGCAACGCCUUGCCACACCCAACAUGGUCGCCUCACUGCCCAGUCCAAACUCUGCCCUCACAGAGGAGGAUCUGCUGUGCCGAACAGUGUGGUCAGAGAUGUCGGGCACCUUGGCGUUAGACACGGCGGUAACAAGAUGCCGCCAAGGAGAGGAGCUCUUCAGCUGCUCCAGUUAUGCCCCGGGUGGAACUCGAGCCGGAGACAAAAUAGAGGAGCGGGAUGGUGUAAAGGAGUGUGUCGCCACCAACAGUUUCGGGGGGCAGGGAGUGUACGCAGUCGCCCGCUGCUGCACGUGGAGCCCUGUGCAGUGCCAGGUCAGUGCCAGCAAACAGACGGGCACCAAAGCGUCCUGCACCAACGCUGAGCACCAGCUCACAGGCUGCAGUGCCCAUUCAGAGUCAGGCACUGUGCUGGAUGCUGGGCGGCCUCUCCAUGGCGACCAAAAGGCGUGUCCUGCAGGGGAGGGACUGAUGGCAUAUGCCUCUUGCUGCUACGCCCCCGACUUGGAGUGUCAUCUAAGGGAGCAUGAUCCAACUGACUUCACUGAACAGGUGGAGGUCUCGUGUGAAGACUCCUGGACGCUAACCGGCUGCACUGCCCUCUCCCACGGCUCACCCUCCCGCGGCUCCUUCAGCAGAGCCAACACCUGCGUGGUGCGCAGCUCGGCAGGAGGAGGCGGCGGCGGUGGCCGAGGGUCCACCGCUGCCCUGGCCAUCUGCUGUCGGAACGGCCGGAGCAAACCGGAGGAGCGGCUGCAAACGAACCAGAGCGGUCACAAAUGAGGAUCCCUGUCUGUCUGCAGUCUGGUCAGAUGCGUGCCAUGCGCUCACAUCAUUAACUACACUCCUGUCUUUCCACGCUUUCUCUGUGGUGCCCCGUUUCUUCGCCAGGAGGGUAGGCUACUGGAUCCAUGUUGCAGGUUGUAUGGAGAGACAGAAAUAUUUAUCACCAUUAGGGCACACAGAAUAUAGAGAAGAUAUGUUUUGACCUCAAUGUUUUCCAAGUGAAAUCAACUGAAACAUGAAGAAAAAAAAAAAAAAGCAAGUGAAUGUAUCGCUACUGCCAUAUUUUACAUAGAAAGGUACAUAGAGUACCAUUGCUAAAGCUUUUUAUCUUUUUGUAUGUAAAGCGGUCACCUAGCUUUAAAAUCUUGGCCUACCUAUUGCUUGUGGUUCAGUGAGAGCACAUUCCACCAGACAAAUGUAAGCUAUUCUAUAAAUUCGCAGUAGAAAUGAGCUCAAUGAUUCUGUUUAGAAUUAUAUGAAUGCUGCUUUAUGUUUUUUUGUAGUUAAAUCAUAUGCAUACAAUGGAAUGUGCUAAGUCAAAAUGUAUUUUCCUAACUGUAUAUAUACACACACACUAUUCUUAAACAUUAAAGCUGGUUUCUUAAA